AUGUCCAGCGAUUGUUGCAAAUCCGGAUUCAAAUGGGAGGGUAUCCCAACAGGCACGGAGGCCACGUUCGCUGGCACCAGGACCUAUAUCACAGGACAGUCCAAGUCCGCCGCUAUUCUGUACAUACAUGAUAUCUUCGGCUGGAAGUUCCCCAACGCAAGGGUUCUGGCAGAUUAUUAUGCCGAAAAGGCGAAUGCGACGGUUUAUGUGCCUGAUUUCUUCGACGGCGAAAUCGUCUCCCCCGAAAUGCUCGAAGACCCCGUCAAACGGGCUUCCUUCAGCAUUCCAGACUUCGCGGCCCGCCACUCCAAAGACCUCAGAUGGCCCACGAUCCUGAACUUCGCGACAGAACUCCGGAAGCAGUACGACAAGGUCGGAACCAUCGGGUUCUGCUACGGCGGAUGGGCUGUUUUUCGUCUCGGUGCGAGAGAUCUGGGGCUGGUGGAUUGUAUAUCGGCCGCGCAUCCGUCGAUGCUGGAGGACAGUGAGAUUGGAUCCUUAGCGGUUCCAACGCAGAUUCUCUCUCCGGAGCAUGAUUUUGCCUUCACGGAGGAGUUGAAAGACAAGUGUAACAUCGUGAUUCCGCGGAAUAACAUACCCUACGAGUAUGUUUAUUUUCCGGGCUUGGCGCAUGGGUUUGCGACGAGGGGAGAUCGGAAUGAUGAUGUGCAGAAGAAAGGAUUGGAGAGGGCUGCUAGGUCGGCUGUGGGUUGGUUUGGAGAGUGGCUGCAUUAA